UGGGCGGGGCGUUAAGACAGCCUUCUCGAAAAAAAACAAGCCAGCUAGUUAGUUAGCUUUUUUAUGUACAUAUAUAAAAACAGCUCGAUAAAAGUUAUAAGUACGUUUUUACGUCACAUUUUGAUAACGGACACCUGAGGAACGUCUCCGGAGGAUCGAAGGAGCUGCUAAAGUAGGAUGCAGAAGCCACGCCCCUUGGGCUGAACCUGCACAGAAGUAACUGAAAGUCUGAGUUGUGUUUUUAAAAGAGAAUAAAUUCUAAUGGAAAUGGAGGAGGUUCACCAGAGUGGCAGUAACGGCACAGAGUCACAAGCGAUAACCAUCCCAACCACCAUCACAGCGUCUCAGUUAUCACAGAUCACUCAGAUGACUUUAGGGGGAUCUCCUGUGGCUGUGGUGCAGCUCCCCGGAGGUCAGUUUCAGGUGCAGGGGGUUAUCCAGUCUGCUCAGUCUUCAGUGAUACAGUCUCCACAAGCACAAGUACAGGGUCAGGGGUCAGACAGUGAUGAUUCUCAGGAUUCGUCAGACAGCGGAGCUUCAAACCAGAAGACACGAGAGCUGCUGGCCAGACGCCCAUCUUACAGGAAGAUUUUAAAUGACCUCUCGGCAGAGGAAGUAGCGACACGUAAUGAAGGAGAGGAGGAGACCUCUGUGUCGUCCACCAUGACCACAGUGUCUCUGUCCACGCCCAUAUAUCAGACCAGCAGUGGACAGUACAUUGCGAUAGCCUCGAACGGCUCCCUGCAGUUAGCCGGUACAGGUUCAGAGGGCGUUCAGGGCCUGCAGACGCUCACCAUGACCAACUCGAACCCGAGCCAGCCCACUAUAUUACAGUACGCUCAGACCGCAGAUGGACAGCAGAUCCUCCUCCCCAGCAAUCAGGUGGUGCUGCAAGGAGCAGGAGGUGAGAUGCAGGCGUAUCAGAUUCGCUCGUCAUCAUCAGCACUGCCUCAGACAGUGGUCAUGACCUCACCGGUCAUCAGUUCACAGGGAAAGAGUGAUGACCCUCAGAUGAAACGAGAGAUUCGCCUCGCCAAAAACAGGGAGGCGGCUCGAGAGUGUCGCAGGAAGAAGAAGGAGUAUGUGAAGUGCCUGGAGAACCGCGUGGCCGUGCUGGAGAACCAAAACAAAACGCUGAUCGAGGAGCUCAAGACAUUAAAGGACCUGUACUGUGUCAAAACAGGCUAACGGGUAGCACUCGGUUAAACGGACUACUGCAGCUCUGCCUACACACACACACACACACACACACACACACACACACACACACACACACACACACACACACACACACACUGGGAAUGCCAGUUCCUUGUUUUUAUAUUCCUUUUUAACUAACAGCUUAGGAAGCGCAGGUCACACAGAGUUUAUGGAGAAUAAUGAUGAUAUUUUUCCUUUAGCUAUUUUUAAUAAGAGAUGAGCAGAUGUGUAUAUAUUUGUGUAUGUAUCCCGGGUGUGUGUCCUCACACCCACAUAUAAAAGAGGAAAUAUCCUCUUUAUCAGCGUUUGUUUGGGAAUUUGUUUGUUUUUUUUCCGCAGGAGUUCUUAAAUAAAAUGAAAGUUGAGAAUAGUACAGACAAGUAAACAUCCCCCCCCCCCAUGUUUCAUAUCUAACCCUUUCUUGUACAUUGUGACGUGUGUUUGUUUUGACCAAAUGUCACCUCUAAAGUUUUUUUUUAACUCUUCAAGCCCAGUUCUUACACACUUUCUUUUAAUGAAGAAUCUUAAUUUUUUUUUCUGUCUGAGGGAAUGGACCUUGAGCCAAAUGUGUCUACAAUCAUGUUGUGCUUUGACUAAAACUAAAUGGCGAGAUUUCCUGAAUAAAUGAAUAAAUUUUGGUGGCUGAAGCUGUUACAGUUCAGUUAAAUCAGGGAGGACGCUUGCACUUCAACAUGCAGGUGACGUUUAUUAAUAAAUUACACCAUAUAAAAAUGAGAUCAAAUGGUUUUUAUUAUUUUUUUUAAGUGAACCUAAAUAAACAGUUAUUUUUUUCCA